AUGUCAACCGCAUGUGAAUUCCAAGGUUGUCACAUGCAGGGAAUCUGCAAGCCGGAGCGAGAUCCGCAAGCACAUGCCAAAUUCUUUCUUGCGUGGUUUUCCUUCCCUCCAAGAUUUGAUCUGAAUCACGAGGUUACGACCGCCAUGCUCGACAGCAACUCGUCGCAUCUUGCUCAUGUAGCUCAGAAUGCCUCCUUGCUGUUACUGAGCCUCGCAUUCCUACCCUUGGACCUUACAAUCCUGGCAGGCAGCUAUGUUCUCCAAUGGCUAUCCAAGCUAUCUUCAAUCCUCAAUCACAAAAACCUCCGAACGAACAAUCCGAUUGAACAAAACCCAUGCACAACCAUUCUGGUGACUGGAGUCGGUAUGACCAAGRGACUGUCUCUCGCAAGACUUUUCCAUAAUUCCAACCACGCAAUACGAGUGAUUGGAGCCGAUUUCGAACCGAUAAGGACUCCAGUCCCAGGGAGGGUGUCGGUUUCGUUGGACAAGUUCUAUCGUCUGGAGAAGCCCACUGCAGAAACUGGUGGAUCCGCUCGCUAUGUCCAAGGUCUUCUCGAUAUCAUCCUGCGGGAAAAGGUUGCACUAUGGGUAAGCUGCUCUGGAGUGGCUUCUGCUGUUGAGGACGGCGAGGCGAAGGAAAUUGUUGAGAAGCGUACCGACUGCCGGGCGGUACAAUUCGAUGUUUCCACCACGCAGACUUUGCACGAGAAGGAUACCUUCAUUGCACAAGCGAAAAGCUUUGGGUUGACCGUGCCUGACACGCAUACCAUCAAGAGCCAUGAUGCUGUAUCAGCAGUGCUGGCCAAUGCUCCGUCGGAGCGUAAGUACAUUCUCAAACCCAUUGGAAUGGAUGAUUCGGCUAGAGGAGACAUGACAUUGUUUCCCAAAGCAACCCCGGAAGAGACUCUUCAACACAUCUCUCGGCUCAAGAUCUCUGAAAGGUCUCCUUGGAUCUUGCAACAAUUCGUAAGAGGCAAUGAAUACUGCACACACUCGUUGGUGGUCCGAGGGGAGGUCAAAGCAUUCGUAGCCUGCCCUUCAGCAGAGUUGCUUAUGCACUACACUGCACUCUCCCCUGACUUUGCUCUAAGCAAAGCAAUGCUCAAUUUCACAGAGACUUACGCUAAGAAUGGUGGAGUGGGCUUCACCGGGCACCUUUCGUUCGACUUUUUAGUCGAGGAUGACUCUCCCAGCAAUCCAGAAGACAUCGUCCUCUAUCCCAUCGAGUGCAACCCACGAGCUCACACCGCGGUAGCCCUCUUCAACAACACCCCGGACAUGGUCAAGGGAUAUCUCAGUGUCCUGGAGAAUGGAGCAACAAGCCAGAAAGGUGAAGAUAUCAUAGUACCAGUUCGACCAGCAAAGUAUUACUGGAUCGGGCACGACUUGGUCGCAGAAACCCUGUUACCAUUGAUCACUACCAAGCCAUGGAGUUUGAGUGCAGCAGAUCUUGCAAAAUCUAUCGGCAGAUUUCUCUCACAUCUCGCUUUCUGGAAGGAUGGAACAUAUGAGUGGUGGGAUCCAAUGCCAUGGUUCUUCCUCUACCAUGUGUAUUGGCCUCUGCAGUUCUUCCAUGCUCUGAGGACGGGGAGUAGGUGGAGUAGAGUCAACGUAAGCACGUUGAAGUCGUUUGGUUGUUGA